AUACUACUGACAACCGCCUUCAAAAUAUUGAUCAAACAAUACCUUCAAACCAAUUCGGUUAUAUUUAAAAGUUGAUUUAAUUUUUAUACCAAAAAUGAAUUCUUUGCAGCGAUUUAAUCAACGGAGACAAACUAAUUUGUACCAUCAAUCGUUGGUGGUAAUCCCUCCUCCUCCGUCAAAGUUCAGUCUCAGCGAAUGGCAUUUGAACAACAUUUUCAGAGAUAGAAUUUGUUUAGAUCAGCAGAAGUUAGCGGAUUCUGUUAUAGCUGAAAAUGAUAGAGCUAUCGACGAAGUCCAGGACAGAACAGAUUUAAAUAAAAGAGAAGUUGAUCAUCAUUUAAAAGAAAAACUUACUGAUGUCGAAUUUAUCCAGUCAGAAAUCGAGAAGCAAAGAAAAGAGAUUUCGGCUUUCUAUCUAUCUAUUACCAAUAGUUUCGUAGUCCCCAUAGAAUUCUGCUAUAGACCCAUAUUUUUUGAAAGACCAAAUGAUAGAAGAUUAGGAGGCCCUCCCAACGAAAGAUGGAAGGAUGAUGUCGAGCAGAUUUGUCUAGAAUUCAGAUACAAUGAUGCAAAAUGGGAGCACAAGAUCCUAAGAGAUGGAGGAAUAGUGGAAGGGCUCAGAUUUAGAUUUUCUAAUGUAUGCAAGGAAGAAGAAAAUCUUCAAACAUACAUGGAGAGAAUAAAAGACUGUUUGGAAGCAUGCCAAAAGAACGGUUUGGAAAUUGUAAGAAAAUGUAUCAUUUUACGAGAAGGUAGAAUAGGAAUCGAUUUGUGUUUCGACGAUGUUGAUAAGGAAUUAAGAAAAGAAUUAUCUGUUCUUGACGGGGGUAUCAGUUUGUUACAGAGAACUUUGGAAGAAUCCAAUGAACAGAAAAGAAGAAUAGAAUAG